GCUGGGCUUUGCUCGGUUGCGAGCCUAGAUCUUGGCAGCCCGAGGAGAUGGCUUCUCCCUCGAGACAGCCUCCACUCGGGGGCUCGGGGCUGCUGCACGGCAGUCGUGCGCGUUCUUACGGAAGCCUGAUCCAGUCAUCCUGCUCCCCGGUGAGGGAAAGACGCCUGGAGCAUCACCUGGAGCCUGGAGACACUUUGGCAGGACUAGCCCUCAAAUAUGGGGUGACGAUGGAACAAAUUAAGCGUACAAAUCGCCUUUAUACCAACGACUCCAUCUUCCUGAGGAAAACUGUCUACAUCCCCAUCCUGACAGAGCCCCGAGACCUGUUUAAUGGUUUGGAUUCCGAGGAGGAAAACGAUGGAGAAGAGGUCAGCCCAAGUAAGGAUGCUGCCGGCUCACAGCCAGUGAAGGGGAGGAGUCAGCAGCCCAGUCCAGGCCCGGCCAAUGGCGCGCCCCUCCCACCCCACCCGGAAACCUCCACGCCCAUCCAUGACCUCUCUGCCUCUGAUUUUCUUAAGAAGCUUGACUCACAGAUCAGCCUGUCAAAGAAGGCUGCCACCCGGAAGCUGAGAAAAGGGGAAAGUGGGGUACCCAAGGAGGAUGCAGGUCUCUUCCCCAGCUCCCCUCGGAUGCAGCAGCGAGCCGUCCUUGGUCCUGUGCCUCUAACCCGGACAUCUCGGACCCAGACACUACGGGACCAGGAAGAUGAAAUCUUUAAACUCUGAUGUUCCCAGAACUGACGAGAGAAGCUGGGUGUUUGAAGGAGCAGCUGGAGGGGAGAGGAGU